AUGGCGGCGCCCGCGCUGUGCCGGCGCUGCGGGGGCCCGGCGGGGCGCUGGGGCCUGCCCCGGGUCCCGCUCCCGCCGCCGCCGCCGCCGCCCCGCCGCCGGGCCCACGAGCAGGCGAGGCGGGCGCGGAGCGCGGCGGGGCUGCUGGCGGCGCAGUGCGAGCGCGGGCUGUUCCAGGAGGUGUUCCCGGCGCAGAGCGCGGAGGAGCAGCUGCCGGCGCUGCUGGAGCCGGGCCGCCCGCCGCUGGCCGCCUACUGCGGGUUCGACCCCACGGCGGACUCGCUGCACGUGGGGCACCUGCUGCCCGUCAUGGCGCUGCUGCACUUCCAGCGCGCGGGCCACGACGUCAUCGCCGUGGUGGGCGGGGCCACGGCGCUGCUCGGGGACCCCAGCGGGCGGGAGCGCGCGCGGGAGCCGCUGCCGGCCGGGCGGGUGCGCGCGCAGGCGCGGGCGCUGCGCGCGGGGCUGGAGCGGCUGUUCGGGAACCACCGGGAGCUGUUCUGGGAGCCGGGAGCCGGGCGGCUCGGCCGCGCCGCGCUGCUGGACAACGCCCGCUGGCUCGGCCGGGAGCCGCUGCUCCGCUUCCUCGGCGGCGCGGGCGGGCGCCUCCGCAUGGGCACGCUGCUGAGCCGGCAGAGCUGCCAGGCGCGGCUGCGCAGCGCCGAGGGCAUGAGCCUGGCCGAAUUCCUGUACCCUGCGCUGCAGGCCUACGACUUCCUGCACCUCCACCGGCACCACGGCUGCCGCAUCCAGCUGGGGGGCCACGACCAGAUGGGAAACAUCAUGUCCGGAUACGAGCUCGUCACCAAGAUGACAGGAACAGAUGUGUUUGGAAUUACUGUACCUCUUAUUACCAGCACUACUGGUGAUAAACUGGGAAAGACUGCUGGAAAUGCAGUUUGGCUGAACAGGGAUAAGACCUCUCCGUUUGAGCUGUAUCAGUUUUUUGUCAGACAGGAAGAUAAUGUAGUUGAAAAAUACCUGAAACUAUUCACCUUCCUUCCUCUUGAGGAGAUUGCCCACAUCAUGGAAAUGCAUGCUAAAGAACCUGAGAAAUGGGGCCCUCAGAAACGACUGGCUGCAGAAGUAACUAAGCUUGUCCAUGGUAGAGAGGGGCUGGAAUCUGCUAAGAGGUGCACUAAGGCCCUUUAUUACAGCAGUGUGGAGGCACUGGAAGAAAUGUCUGACCAAGAGUUACAGGAACUUUUCAGACAAACUGCUUCUGCUGAAUUGAUGCUUGAACCUGGGAUGACUGUUCUUGACUUGUGCCGCAAAGCAAAUGCCAUUCCAGAUGGACCUAGUGGGUACAGGAAAAUUACAGAUGGAGGAGUUUCAAUAAAUGGGAAUCGUGUAACGAAUCCUGAGACAGUUCUUAUUCUGGGACAGCAUAUUCUGAAGAAUGGAGUAUCAUUACUUAGGGUUGGAAAGAAAAAUUAUUACAUUAUAAAAUGGCUGCAGUUGUGACAACAGAGUAUCUCCCUAAAAUGACAGAUCAGUUUAACUCUGCUGCUUGAAGAUGUACUUGAAGAUGUUUCUGUACUGUGCAUUUCUACACAGCUCACAGACCACCCAGUAUCAGUUUCCUUUUCAAAAGAGUUCAACAGAGUUCAAAUAAAGGAGCUGAGUUGUACCACUGAAGAGAUUGUAGACAAUUGGCCUUAUUCAAAGCACCAGUCAUAAGGAUCUGCACAAGAAAAUGAAAAGAUUCAUUUCAAAGUCCAGCAAUGGAGAUGUGCAUCCCCUCCUUUAACAGCCUUCUGUGCUGUAGGAAAACAGUGGCCAGUUAUUCCACAGGAUAACUCACAGGAAAAUGAGCCAAAGCAAACUCAGACCCACUCCUUACAGCCAGUGUGUACUCAUGUAACCAAGAAACCUUGCUAGGGACAAAGACAACCACGGUCAUCUGUCUCUGAACAGGUUUGUUUUGAAUGAAGCUGCAGAAAAUUUAUAAUAAAGGACUAAAUGAUUAAAAACGUAAGUUGCUUCUUGGUUAUGUAUGGGGACACACUGCACUAAAGCUUUCCAGCCUUCAUAUGGGAAUACACAGCAAAUUCACGUCUGAAAUCUGAAAGUGCAGAGCCUUUCAGAGCUUAAAUCAACCUAAUGAAUCCCUUUUAGGCCUUUGUGCAUAGUAUGACUCACAAGGUGACAGUUUUUCCACUUCUUCGGUCCUGUGAACGACUGGAUGCAUCCAUGCUCUCCAGCGUCUUUCCUGAGGGAUUAUCCAGAUACUAGGGCUGUAUGCUCUGCAGUCAGCUGGAAGAUAGCACAUUAUACCAGAAGAUUACAAGCCAAGUAAUGUGAGCUACCCAAGAGUUGUGGGUGAACGGCACCACAGGGUCUCUGGACCAGAAAACACUUGAGGGAACCUCCAGUGCUUUGCAGUGUUGCUUUCAAAGAUCAGUCCUCACUCUUAGGCCAUGGAGAAUAAUGUCCUGGUCCAUGAAAUCUUCAAUACCAAUUUGCAGUAACGGCAGCCACAAGGGGGGGGAAGUGGAAGCCUUAAUCUAAGCUUCUGGAAUGUGGUAUAUAUAUUCUAGAGUAGGGUGGGGAGUUUGUUACUGUUUUAGAUACCUUUUUUAUGUUUCUUCUUACUUGAUAAACUUGAUGCUGAUUUCAUUUGCACCAUGACUCAAGUUUUCAAUUGUAAUACAGUGGCUUGCUUGUUAUAGAUGACAGUUUCUGCUGGCAGUGAAACUGAAAUAAAGUACUUUCAGAAGCUCA